AUUCAUGAAGUUGCCCAGCUUGUUUUAGUUAAGUGCACAUACUUUCCACUGGGGCUGGAACCAUGAAGUUCCUGCUGAUGAUUCACUGCUGCAUGCACACAACCGACAGAGCGCAGGAAAGACCUGACUACUUCAACACAACAUGAGCUACCUAAAGUAAACUCAUUUCUUUUAAGGACUUCUGUUGCUGUCUGCAUUUGUUUGUACUUAUUUGUCAACUUUAUGGCUGUUCAGGGAGACCAUUUGUACCUCAUUGCAAUGGAAUUUUUUAGAUUCUGUUUCUGCUUUUCUGAAUGAUGGUGUCAGAUAACAAAGGAGGACUCUUCACUCUCCUGUCUUUGUCAGUGUUUUAGGUCUACUUUACGGAAACUCUCUGAAAGACUUUGUUAAAUCUGCACUAAUUCACACUGAGAAAAUCAGGACAAGAUGGCUUCACUCAUCUCAGAAAACUUCAAAUUUAUUGCGCUCUUCUUCAAGAGUAAAGAUGUCAUGAUCUUCAACGGCCUGAUAGGUUUAGGGACAGUAGCCAGUCAGACAGCAUACAAUAUUUUAGCAUUUAACUGUCCAUGUUCACCAAAGAAGAAUUACCUGUACGGCCUGGCUGCCAUUGGUGUACCAGCUCUGGCUUUCUUCAUCAUUGGGUUGAUGCUAAAUCGAAAUACUUGGGACGUUGUGUCAGAGUGCCGCACCAGAAAAUGCCGGAAAUUAUCACUGUCUGCUGCUUUUGCUCUGUUGGGCUCCAUUUUGGGGAGAGCAGUUGUUGCCCCCAUCACUUGGUCAGUUAUUUCCCUCCUGAGAGGAGAGGCGUAUGUCUGUGCUUUAAGUGAGUUUGUAGACCCCUCUACUUUGGAUCAUUUCCCUCCUACUACAAAGACUCCAGAGAUCAUGGCUCGGUUUCCAUGUAAUGAUGUACCUGCUCCAUUUAUGAACUACACAAGAGUGAUUGAACGCCAGCUAAAGUAUGAAUCCCAGCUUUUGGGCUGGUUGCUGGUGGGAAUCAUCUCCCUCUGUGUCUUUCUGCUCCUCUGUCUGAAACACUGCUGCUCUACACUUGGCUAUCAGCAGGAGGCGUACUGGACCCAGUAUCGUUCCAAUGAACAAGAUCUAUUCCAGCGUACAGCUGAAGUUCAUUCUAAAUACCAUGCUGCUGAGUGCGUCAAGAACUUCUUUGGCUUUGUGGCCUUGGAAGAUCAGGAGAAGCAGCUUCUAGAAGCCUGCAAGGAAGCCAAGAGCGUCAUUCCCAGAGCUGAGUGGAACCGUAUAACUGGGGUUUACAUGUACAGAGAGAUCGAUGACACUCCGGUGUACAGCCGCUUAAACAAAUGGGACUUGUUAACAAAAGAGAACACCUGUUAGGUGAAUGAAAAACAAUUUGUGCGUUCUCUUCUAUCAAUGUUAUAUAUUCAGGAUUUUUCAUUUAUUGUUUUUGUUGUUUCUUCAUGGAAAACAUGCUUGAGUAUUAUGUUGAUAUUUGUCAUUUAAGGCUGUAAUUCAGUGUUCAGU